AUGAGUAUUUUUGGCGUUUUAAAAAAAUGUUUCAAGUUUGUAUUUUUUUUGUUUCUCCGUUUUUUUAGUAUAAAAGCAACAACAAAAAAAAAUCUGAUUAUUUUUGGUUUGCCGUCUUCUGGAAAAACGUCUAUUAUAUAUUUUUUCAAAUUGGGAUAUCUAAUAACUACUGUUAGAACUUUUUUGAUAAAUGAAGAAAGUUUUACUAUAACAUUAAAAACUAAUAAAGAUAAUUUUGAGGAGAAGAAAUUUAAAGUAAAAUUUUUUGAAAUAGGAAGUGAUUGUUCAUUUAAUUUAAUUAAAGAAUAUUCGGAAUUAUCUAAUGAUCUUAUAUAUAUUGUGGAUAGCUCACAGAAAGGUUCUUUAAGUGAAGCAAGAGAUGAUUUUAUUAGAAUAAUAUAUGAUUUUAGAUUUAUAUAUCGAAAAUGUAAAUUUCUAAUUUUUUUAAAUAAACAAGAUUCCAAUGGAUGCUUAAAAUCCGAUGAAAUAAUAAAUUAUUUUUCAUUACCAAAAGAAUUAUUAUAUAGAUGUAAAUUUAUUUCUUGCAGCACCUUGUCUGGGGAGGGAUUGAAAGAAGGAUUAGAAUGGUUGUUAAAUUCUAAUGUAUUCUCAGAUAGAAAUGAUGUGAAUUAUGAAAAUAGAAAAAUAUAUUAUUAG